CGCAGAGCCUCCUGGGAGUUGUAGUCCGGUCUGCUCGCGCCGGCGCCGCGGCGGGCUCGACUCUGGCCUUUGUCUGUCUGCGGGCGCGCGCCGCUGCGGUGUUCAAGAACAGCACAUGGAAGAAUCAUAUGAAGAGGUGGUGAUUAAGAUCACACAGCAGGAGUGGACAUGUUUGGAUUUCCAACAGCUACCCUGCUGGAUUGUCAUGGAAGAUAUGCCCAGAAUGUAGCAUUUUUCACAUAUUGGUGCAUCUUACAUGACUUCCCUCUCAUUUUACCAGAUGUGAUGACAGAAGCACACCACAAAUAUGAUCACUCUGAGGCCACAGGAUCCUCAAGCUGGGAUUUCCAGAAUUCUUUCAGAAGAGAGAGGCUGGAACAAAAAUCCCCAGAUUCUAAGGCAUUGCAGGAAGAUUCACCUGGAGUGAGACAGAGGGUCUAUGAGUGCCAGGAAUGUGGAAAAUCCUUCAGGCAAAAAGGUAGUCUAACAUUACAUGAAAGAAUCCACACUGGUCAAAAGCCCUUUGAGUGCACUCACUGUGGAAAAAGCUUCAGGGCCAAAGGCAAUCUUGUUACACAUCAAAGAAUACACACAGGAGAGAAACCCUACCAGUGCAAGGAGUGUGGGAAAAGCUUUAGUCAACGGGGUAGUCUGGCUGUUCAUGAAAGACUACACACUGGACAGAAACCCUAUGAGUGUGCCAUUUGUCAGAGAAGCUUCAGGAAUCAAAGUAAUCUUGCUGUUCAUAGAAGAGUUCACAGUGGUGAGAAGCCCUAUAGAUGUGAUCAGUGUGGAAAAGCCUUCAGUCAGAAAGGAAGCUUAAUUGUACACAUCAGAGUCCACACAGGCUUGAAACCAUAUGCCUGUGCACAGUGCAGGAAGAGUUUCCACACCAGGGGGAAUUGUGUUCUACAUGGAAAAGUCCACACAGGAGAGACACCCUAUCUGUGUGGACAAUGCGGGAAAAGCUUCACUCAAAGAGGGAGUCUGGCUGUACACCAACGAAGCUGCUCUCAAAGGCUCACUCUUUGACAACUCUCUUCAAAGGAGAUUUGCUUUAUGAAUUAAGAGUAUAAACUUCUUUAAAAUGAGAUGAAGAUAUCUGUCCAAUCAAUGGAAUGAAAGAAUACUCUUUUAGAAAGACUACCAUUGGUUAGGGCAAACUGACUCUUCUCCUUUCCCCCAAAUGAAUAUAAAAAAUAAAUUUCUUGUUUAUUAUCAAUUUUAUGCAUAUCUCAUAAUUUUAGGGAUUUUUUUUAUCUAAUUGCAUAAGAUGUUUCCAUCAACCUAAUAUAUGCUUGUGAAAGUUUUUCUGUAGAUAGUAGAUACAAGUUUAAAAUUUUUAGUUGACCUCUUUAUCACAUUUUAUUUUUUACAUACUCAGUAUUUUUUUUUUAUUGCAAACCACGGCCUAGAAUUUCUCCUACAGUGCAUUACUUAGAGCUACUUGAAUUAAGAGAAAUUUCAUCAUUUAUUUACAAAGUCCUCUGUUGAUCAGUAUUAUUUUCUGAAUGUUUGUUAUAGUGUUGCAUAUUAUAUCUUUGUAUAGUUAUUUUAAAAUAUAUUCCUAGAUGUAGUAUUUAUAAAUAAGAUUUACAGACUUUAUCAGUUGUCAUUAGAUAGAUGUAGUACUAGAACCUAUUCUGAAAACACUUCCAUAACAUCAACAAUCCUAAUUUUCACUUGUAAUUCUCUAUUGCUAACCUUUGCUCCUUGGAACUAUAAAAUUAUUAUGUUUAUGCAUAUCUGUCUUCUCUGGAUAUUUCAUAUAAAAUUAUUUCUAUAAUAUGUAACUUAUUUUACUAAGGCAAUGUUUUAAGAUCCAUCCAGGUUGUAGCAUGCAUCAGUAUUUCAUUCCUUUUCUGGCUGAAUAAUAAUCUAUGAUAUGGAUAUAUCACAUAUUACCUAUCAAUUCAACAAUUAAUGAACAUUAGGCUAUUUCCACUUUUUAACUAUUAUGAGAUUUAUUUCUUAGUUGAUGAAAAUGUUUUGACAUUGGUGGUAAGUAUUGUAUAGUGGUUCUCAACUCUAAAUUGUACGGGGGUGGGGGGAACUGAGUACCCAGUGUUGGAAGAUAAUGUGGAGGAAAUACAUUGCUGUGGGAAUAUAAAGUGCCAUUCUGGAUAACAGUUUUCAAGCUUCUUGAACUUUCAGACAUAGCUUUAUCAUGCAGCAACAGGUUCACCUUGAUAUAUUCCAAAAAAAAAUUAAAACAGUGUACACAAUUUUGCAUAAGAUUCUUUAAAACAUCAGAAUAACAAGUUUCCUUUCUCCUUCCCAUUUUGGGUUCCUUUAAUUCCUCUUAUUACCCAAUUGUUCUGGCUAAUACUUCAGUUCUGAACAAAAGUGUAGAGUGGGAAUCCUCCUUCUUGUUCCUGAUCUUAAAGGAAAUGCUUUCCUGUUGAAAGUUGAGUAAGUUAAGUAUAGGCUUAACAUAUGACCUUUAUUAUGUUGAGGUACAUUCCUUCUUAAAUUGUUUAGUUUUUAUUAUAAAAUGCAUUUGAAUUUUUUCAAAUGCUUUUUCUGUAUCUAUUGAGAUGAUCAUAUAAUUAUCCUUUAUGCUAUUAAAGUGGUGUAUUACACUAGUGAUUUUAAUAUGUUUAAUCACCCUGGUAUCCCAGGAAUAAAUCUUGACUAUGGUGUAUGAUCCUUU